AUGGAGCAAUCCGCAGGAUGCGGCGCAGAUCAUCUGGUGCCAGAGCCCAGUCUCACAUGGCUGCGCUUCUAUGACGGCCUUCUGGGCGACUUCCUCGACAACUGCCUUCCAUCCCACGCAACGACGGAGGUGCCACUCAGAUGGCUUCGCACCCUUAUGUCCGUCAAUAAAGACAUCGAUGCCCUACCGCUGGCAAUGUCGGCCCUUGCAGUCAGCUGGGCAGGCCAUGUCAGGGGUAACGAUAAUCUCGUCAACCAGGGACUUCAGAUUUACAGCUUCGCCUCGAGCAAGCUGCGUGCGGAGCAUCCUUAUCCCGGGCAAACCCAAUUCCUUGCCACCACGGUGCUCCUGGCCCUCUACGAGCUCUUCGAGUUUGGUGACGAGAGCAACAAAGGCUGGAUCUGCCAUGCCGCGGGCAUCACCACUGCCCUUCGCACUCUCAAGCCUGAAGGCGUCACAGAGCCUCUGUGUCUGGAGAUAUUCCUCUUUGUCAGGACAAUAGCCUCAAAAACCGAAGAGCAGCAUGUGCAGCUUCCAUAUCCUGGAUGA